GAUCCGGGCAAAAAAGCAAACACUUUUCACCUUAUUGGUCUAGAUAUAGAAUAAUUUAGAGGAUGGCGGACAAUGCUGAGGCAGGAGAUGGGGAGGAGCAAAGCAAGUACAUCAUUAAUACUGGUCCAAGGCCUGAUAUCACAUAUCCAAUAGAAAUGAUUUAUUGUGGAGAGUGCAGUAUGCCAGUGGAGUAUUGUGAAUAUCAUCCCAACUAUGAGAAAUGUAAAGAAUGGAUGGCCAAGAAUCUACCAGAUGAAUUGCAAGAUCUUCUUCUAUCAAGCAAAGAUGAUGGUGCAGAUGGCGAUGAAAAGAAAAAGCGCCAAACAAGGGGUGGGAGAGGAGUUAUCAAAGCCAAGAAGAAGGCAGCUGGCCCACAGAAAGUGUGUUUGGCUCGACAAUGUCGUCAAAAAAGAAAAUAUAGCACAAUUAUAACAGGCUUAGCAACAUAUGAUAUAGAUCUGAAGGUUGCAUGUAAGGCCCUGGGCCAGAAGUUUGCAUGUGGGGCCUCAAUAUCUGGCCCUGAUGACAUUACCGUCCAGGGUGACAUCAAAGAUGAGCUAUGGGACUUCAUAGAAGAAAAGUGGCCACAGAUUGAUGAGGACAACAUAGAAGAUCUUGGAGAUUUAAAGAAGGGAAAAACAUAGGAACAGUUACCAAAGCAACUCUCAUCUACUCCCUAGUAACAACAGAAAACAUUAUUCUUUGCUCAGCUAAGAGUUUUAAGCCAUCAAUACUAGAUGACAAAACAUUUAAAUAUAAGAAUAGACCCUAAAAAUUCAAGAUUAAAAAAUAAGAAGCCAUACAAUGGUAUGAUACAAUUCUCGUAUCAUGUUAUACUUUCAAUAACCACUAAUGUGUCCAGAUGAAUAGAAAAUUAUAUUUAUAUUCAGUUGUGAUGAUAAUACAUUUUGAUAAAAAUACACCAAAAAGGCUGGUAAUAAACUCUCAUGGGAAGGGUCACUUGAUCUCAUUGAAACAGCUACAGCCAAACUUCACAUUUUUUUCAAAAAAUGAUUAUUUAAAGUUCAAGGUGCAUUGAUGAACCUGAGUGGCAGUAUCUUAUGAAUUAUUUAUUUUAAAUUUGAAGAAUAAAAUAACAAUGGGAACACCU